UCUACAUUCAGUAUUAAGUUACACUGCUGACAAGAUGCAAAACUCAGUUCUAUUCCUCGUCUUAUUGGUCUGCCUGGCGCCUUUUGGCGCAAUCUCUGCGGAGAAUUUGACGAUCUACCUGGAGGACUAUAUAAUUCAGAACCAGAGACAAAAUGAUGCUAGACUGGCUCAGAUUGAGAAUGAAUUGGACACAGCUCGAUCCACCUUCUCCAGCGGACUGCGCGCAAUCAGCAUCCAGGCCGAUCAGUUGGAGCUCAGGCUGGAGGAGGUGAAAGCGCGUCUAGAUCCGAUCGAGUUAAUCGACUCGUGGCACAAGCAAUGCGUCCAGAACUACAGCGGAACCAUUCCCACAAUAUCCAGUGUGCGUAGCACCCUCAGCAGUUGCUCGUCCUCUGCUCAAGGCAACCUGAAUAGCAUUUUGUCCAGUUCACAAAACAGCUUCAAUUCCCUGAAGAACUACUAUAAUAACAAUGCCAAGAAGCUCCUGACCGACUGUGUAAAAGCAAAUCCCGAUUCACUGACGAACUAUACAAUCUGCGUUAAAAAUGCGAUAUCUACAGUCAACACGUAUACCAUAAGCAAUCAGAAGAACUUCAACACGUAUCUGCAGCAGGCAAAGUGCGCAGCGGAUAUACGCAUCAACCAGGCCUGGGAAUGUGCCUUUACCUCGAUCUAUGGCACAGUUUCUGCAAUGAGCACGGCUGUGCGUCUCAUCGAUGACUGCAUUUAUAAUCAAUUGGCCUGUGCCUCAGCGACCUGCACAACCGGCUGCAGCAAUCACAUGGUCAUCAGCUUGACGGAAAACGACUUCAAUAACGAGACCAUCAAGAAUCCCUUCAUCGGCUUGAAUAGUAAACUCGGUUGCAUCGAGAUGAAGUUCAAGAAUUAAGCAAUAUG